AUGACAUCUCCAUCAUUCUCCCGACUCGUCCGCUUCCUAGCCAAAAAUGGCCGCACAUACUACGGCGAUGCCAUCCUACCCCAAGGAGUAUCAGAUAUCGCCAAAGCUACCCAAGCUAAAGUGAUUACGGGGGAAAUAUUCGGGAAGCAUGAGGUUACAGAUCAGAUACAAGAUAUUAGGCUACUACUUGCGCCGUUGGCAAUUGAAGAUGUGAAGACGGUGAGGUGCUUGGGUUUGAAUUAUGAGCAACAUGCUAAGGAGACCAACAUGCCAAUUCCGAAAUUUCCCAUUCUAUUUUACAAACCCACCACAUCCCUCUCCGGCCCCACCGACUCCAUCCCAAUCCACCCCAUGGCCCAAGAAGGCACCGGCCUCGACUACGAAUGUGAACUCGUCGCCAUAAUCGGCAAACCAUGUUUCGACGUCUCCGAAUCCAACGCCUUAGAUUAUAUACUCGGCUACACGGUCGGUAACGACGUCUCACAUCGAGAAUGGCAGAUUCAACGCGGAGGCGGGCAGUGGGCGCUCGGAAAGGGGUUUGAUGGAUGGGCUCCUUGGGGGCCCGGAAUCGUGUCGAGUCGGUUGAUUACCGAUCCGCAGAAUCUCGGGAUUUUUACGAAAGUUAAUGGGGUGAUGGUGCAGGAGAGUAGUACGAGGGAUAUGAUAUUUGGCGUGGCGAAAACGAUUGCGUUUUUGAGUCGGGGUACGACGCUGUUGCCGGGAGAUUUGAUUUUUACUGGAACUCCCCAAGGAGUAGGAAUGGGGCGAAAACCACAGGUAUGGUUGAAAGAUGGAGAUGUGGUGGAGGUAGGGUUAGAAGGGGUAGGGAGUUGUAUUAAUAAGGUUGAGUUUACGAGUACUCAAAUGAAGGAGAAAGCGAAGUUCACAGGCACAGGCACAGGCACAAAUGUUCAGAUGAAUGUGUGGGUACUCGAUAUUGAGGAAUGA